AUGGGACCAUGGCUGAGGCGUGUGCGUCUGACGCCGCCCCCGGGCCCGAGGCCUGCUCUACUGCAUCGUGCAAGGGAAGCAGCGGCAGGUAGCGGUAGUAGCACGCGAUGCUUCUCCUGCUUCGCCGGCGUCCCCAGACCUCGACGUCGAUGGGAUGUCAGCCAUACCCUAGCUGCCAGAUACUCCCCCCCCCGUCCCGCGGUAGUAGUUUUCCCACCACAACAAUGCCGGCUCGCCAGCAGCACCACGGCCAAGGACGGGCCCGAACAACGCCGCGCGGCCGAGCUCGAGAAACGCAUCGCGGCGAUCCCCAUCGAGCGCUACCGCAACUUCUGCAUCGUCGCACACAUCGACCACGGCAAGAGUACCCUCAGCGACCGGCUCCUCGAACACACGGGCACCAUCUCUGCAAGCGACGCUAACAAGCAGAUCCUGGACAAACUCGACGUCGAACGCGAGCGUGGCAUCACCGUCAAGGCACAAACUUGCACCAUGAUCUACCGCCACCCGGCCACGGGCGAAGACUACCUGCUCCACCUGGUCGACACGCCGGGCCACGUCGACUUCCGCGCCGAGGUCACGCGCUCGUACGCCUCGUGCGGCGGCGCCCUGCUGCUGGUCGACGCCUCGCAGGGCGUGCAGGCGCAGACGGUCGCCAACUUCUACCUGGCCUUCGCCCAGGGCCUGGCGCUGGUCCCCGUGGUGAACAAGAUCGAUCUGCCCACGGCGGACGUCGACAGGGCGCUGGGCCAGCUGGAGAGCGUGUUUGAAUUGGAUACCAGCCGCGCCGUGAGGGUCAGCGCGAAGACCGGGCAGGGCGUGGGCGAUAUCCUGCCGGCGGUCAUUGAUCUGGUCCCGGCGCCCGUGGGCGAUACCAAGAAGCCGUUGAGGAUGCUGCUCGUUGAUUCGUGGUAUGACCACUUCAAGGGGGUGGUGUUGCUUGUUAGGGUGUUUGACGGGACGAUCAAGGCCGGGGAUCGGUUGGUGAGCUUGGGGACGGGGAAUGAGUAUACCGUGGGCGAGGUUGGGAUACAGUACCCCAACCAGGUGCCGCAGAAGGUAUUGAGGGCGGGGCAGGUCGGGUAUGUGUUCUUCAACCCGGGCAUGAAGAAGAUUCAGGAUGCGAAGAUCGGGGAUACGUUUACCACGGCCGGGUCGGAAGACGCGGUGGAGCCGUACCCCGGGUUUGAGGAGCCCAAGCCGAUGGUGUUUGUGGCGGCCUUUCCGACGGACCAGGGCGACUACAACAAGCUGGCGGACAGCAUCGGGCAGCUGGUGCUCAACGACCGCAGCGUGACGCUGCAGAAGGAUUUCUCGGAAGCGCUCGGGGCCGGAUGGCGGCUGGGGUUCCUGGGGAGCCUGCACUGCUCCGUGUUCCAAGACCGGCUGCGGCAGGAGCACGGAGCCGAUAUCAUCAUCACCGAGCCUGCAGUCCCCACUAAGAUCGUCUGGAACAACGGCGGGCCCGAGACCAUCAUCACCAACCCGGCCGAGUUCCCGGACAACGACGACGUCCGCAUGCGCAGGGCCACCAUCUACGAGCCCUUUGUCCUGGCCACCAUCACGCUGCCGGACGAGUACCUGGGGCGGGUCAUCGAGAUCUGCGAGAACGCGCGCGGCAUGCAGAAGAGCAUCGAGUACUUCCACGCCACGCAGGUCAUCCUCAAGUACGAGGUGCCCAUGUCCAGCCUGGUGGACGACCUGUUCGGCAAGCUCAAGGGUGCGACGAAGGGGUACGCCACGCUGGACUACGAGGACGCCGGGUGGCGCGAGAGCGGCCUGGUCAAGAUGAACCUGCUGGUCAACAAGAAGCCCGUCGACGCGAUCGCGCGCGUCGUGCACUCCAGCCAGGUGGAGAGGCUGGGCCGGCAGUGGGUGACCAAGUUCAAGGAGCAUGUGGAGAGGCAGAUGUUUGAGGUCAUCAUCCAAGCCGCCGCCGGCAAGCGCAUUGUUGCGCGCGAGACCAUCAAGCCCUUCCGCAAGGACGUCCUCGCCAAGCUGCAUGCCAGCGACAUCACCCGCCGGCGGAAGCUGCUGGAGAAGCAGAAGGCGGGCCGGAAGCGCCUCAGGGCCGUGGGCAACGUCGUCAUCGAGCAGGCGGCGUUUCAGAAGUUCUUGUCGAAGUGA